CCGGCUCUCCGCAGCAGCCCAACACACACAGAGAGCAUUAUCAACAAUAAAAACAUGCCACCAUCCAUGACUGCCGCGUCUCGUCCUACCGCGGACCUACGCUAAGGUCAAUCAUGGGGUGGUACAAGUGGCGGGCGCUCAGUUCAGGUUCAACCGCAAACGAGACCCCAGCCGAGGAGAUCGAUUUGCUUACCACGUUGAACGGGUGAAACUAGUCUGUGGUGGAAGAAAAUGCAAUCGUCCAAAAAUCUAUUCGUGAUCGGUGUCGACGUGGGCACGGGCAGUGCCCGCGCAGCGCUGGUCAACAGUACGGGAAAGGUGCUGGAAACGUGCGUGAAACCGAUCCGCACCUGGAACGAUCAGCCCAAUUACUACGAGCAGUCGUCGGACUACAUUUGGCAAGCCGUUUGCCACUGUGUCAAGGCUGUCUGCAAUGGCUACAAGAAGGAAGAUAUUAAGGGCAUCGGGUUCGAUGCGACCUGUUCCCUGGUAGCGCUGGACAAACACAUGCAACCACUAACGGUGAGUCCUUCGUCGAAUGAUCACCAACGAAACGUGAUCCUCUGGAUGGACCAUCGGGCGGAGGAGGAAGCACGCACAAUCAACGCCACCCGGCACUGGAUGCUUAAUUACGUCGGAGGAAGCAUUUCACUCGAGAUGCAGCUCCCGAAACUGCUCUGGUUAAAGCGUCACAUGCCCCAAACCGUGUCGAGUUUAGCAGGAGCCUUUUUCGAUCUUCCCGAUUAUCUUACGUACCGUGCGACCGGUGACGAUAGCCGAUCGAUUUGCUCUGCCGUCUGCAAGUGGAACUACGAUGCGGAACAGCGUGCCUGGUGCGACGAGUUUCUGCAACAGAUUAACUUAUCGGCGGAAUUGAGUCGUGAAGAUUGGAAGAUUAUCGGUCGCCAGGUGCUUGAUCCCGGUGUUCCCAUUGCCAAAGGGUUAUCGGAAGCUGCAGCUCGAGAGCUCGAUCUACUGCCAGGAACGGCGGUUGCUACAUCCAUGAUCGAUGCACAUGCCGGUGCCCUAGCACUGUUCGGAUGCCGCAGGGAGAGUGGAACGGGCGAUGAUGAGAAGGUAACGUCGAAAAUGGCGAUCAUUUGUGGUACUUCGUCGUGUCAUAUGAGUCUCACGGAGAAGUCAGUGCUUGCACCGGGUAUCUGGGGUCCGUACAAGCAUGCCAUCAUUCCGGGUCUCUACUUGAAUGAGGCCGGACAGAGCGCUACCGGUGUGUUGAUUGAUCAUAUCGUACAAACGCACCCCUGCUACGGGACGCUGCUGCAGGAACACGGUUCCAAUAGUGGCAUUUACGUGUACCUCAACACACUGCUACUGAGGCUUGCGAAAGAACGAACCGCCGGAUCGGUACACGGGCUGACGAUUGAUUUGCAUGUUUGGCCAGACUUCCAUGGUAAUCGUUCACCGCUAGCGGAUCCCAAUCUCACGGGAAUGAUUUGUGGAUUGCGAAUGACGAAAGACGUGGAGAGUUUGGCGUUGCUUUACCUCGCACUCAUGCAGGCCUUAGCGUACGGUACGCGCCACAUACUGGAUGUGCUACAGUCGUCUGGCCGGGAGCCGAUCACAUCGAUUCUACUGUGUGGAGGCUUGAGUAAGAACAGCCUCUUCGUGCAAACGCAUGCAGACGUGUGUUCCAUUCCGGUGCUGCUACCUACUGAACCAGAAGCCGUUCUACUCGGUUCUGCCAUGAUGGGAGCAUACGCUGCCGGGCUCUACGAGACGCUAGAGUCAGCUGCAUCCGGCAUGGGCGGUAAUGCGACGAUCGUGACUCCAGAUUUGAAUGAAGCAACUCGCGAUUAUCAUGAAAGAAAGUAUCAAAUCUUUCAACGCAUGUACCUGGACCAGCGUGGGUACGAACGUAUCAUGAAAGGAUGAUGCACAUG